CUUCUAUCACGUUCUUUCUUGCAUUACUGUCUCUCCUUAAAGAUGAGGAUCACGGUGGCCUUCGUCCUCUCCCUCAUUGGCGCCGGCAGCGCCUCGAACAUUGUCGCUCGGGGUGGCUACGAUGGCUGGAAGCCUAAAACCAAAGAGCCACAUUUCUUCCAGCUGAAGGUUGACGAGUAUGAGUAUUGCUCCACUUACAGCCUUGACUCUGCUGCUGCUGAAAUCGAUCUCACUUCUGCUUCCUCUUCUCUUGCUGAACAGGCUGCUGCCGCUGCCGCCGCCGCCGCCGCCGCCGCUCCUGUACUUCCAGCUAUUGAAAACAUAGCUGCAUCCGUGCUUCCAGCUGUUGCGCCUGUAGCUUCCGUAGUUGCUUCAGUUGCCGCUCCGAUUGUUGGCACACCCGCUGCGGCGGCUCCUCCAGCUAGCACUCCUGUGACGCCGGCUGCCGGUGUUGGAGCCCUCCCAGCCCCACCGACGAAGCGCCAGUUCCAAGCAAACGGUUUGACGAAUACCAAUACCUACUUCUGCUUCAAGAACUAUGCCAUUAGGCUGAACAAGGGGGUGGUAAUCGCCACACCUUACAGCAAAUUCUGGGAUCCCCCAUUGGCAACCUUCUUCGUCGAUGACGAUACCCAGCUGUACACUGUCAGCAAGAAACCUCUCCAGCUGUACGUGGAUGCUGUUACAGGGCAAUUGAAAUACACGAGAGUCGGAUGGUUGCCACCAAAUUCCAUCUCAAUCAGCUUCUACCACACUGGUGACAACCCACUUAGCAUAGUCAAUGGCAACAGUCCAUCUCUCUUGACAUGGCCAAGCACACCUGGCAUUGCUAUUGACGAUGGAACCUGGCAGCUCUGCCCUGACGGAAGCACCGGCCAAUUCACUGUUUACGUCAACAAAUAUAAUUUCGAGUCCCAAGGUACCACCAAGACAGGAUGCUUCGAAAGGAAGCUGGCAGCUGUCAAUGCCAAUCCGUGGAAGAAGAAGAGCCACCAUGACUAUGGUCAUCGCAAGUACAAUGAUGGUUAUGAAGAGAAGGAUUACGGAUAUGACAGCGGUUACGACAAUGAGUACGGCGACAAGUAUGAUAAGGACUACUAGUAAACUAACCCAACUGUGUUCGACAUCCCUCUCGCCGGGGAUCAUGCAUAGAGGGCGCAGGUCUUUUCACAUACACACUUUGGCACUUGCUGGUUUGGCUUACUCGUAAUCACUCCCUGUCUUCUCUACAAUCUUACCGAGUCUUGUAUCUUAGCUUCAAAUUGAAUACUGGUCUCUUU